GGGGGAGUUGGCAAAGCAGCAGCACCUCCCCCGGGGGCACCAGAAGGGGUUGAGCCCUGCCCCUCUCUGGAGGCACAAAGCUGGAGGAAAAGGCAGCUGGUGUGAGUUUUUCUUAAAGUUAAUUCAGUAUUUUAGGACAAAUUGUCAGAGUGGCCCCCAGCAAGAGCUGGUAGCUGCACUCUGAGGCCUCCAAAAAAUGUGUUGUGAGAACCCCUCGCCUAGAUGUCUAACACAGGGCGUGCGGAUAGCAGGGACUUUCAAGGCACCUACAAGUUAGGUGUUGCAAUGCCUAAGUCCCUCUGAGGAUUCGGGCCCACCCAUCUUGAUUCCCAUCCUUCCCAAGACCACCCCCCCUUGAAAUACGACUGAUGGGCCUGGCCUACAUGAGCAUUGUUCUUUCGGUGGGACCUUGUGCCUCCUUCUCACCUAGACCUAGACAUCGGCCACGGGCUCUUUGGAGCUGCCCCUGUAGGAGAGGGGGCAGAAAACCAGGAGUUUAGAUGCAGCCCCAGGGGCUACAAAUGUGGGGAAUGAAUGUGACCGGUGCUGAGCGCCAGCAACUCUCAUGGACUUCGAAGCCCAGCACCUCUCCGGAGCAAGGCCUCUGGUCUCCUUUGGGGCUGACCAGGUCAUGGCCGACACAAGCUAGACUAGAGGCCCCAGCUGAUUAGCCAGCUGAAUCUUGGCCUUCUCUGGCUCCUUUAUCUGCCCAAAUUUACAGAGCAAAGGAAAAAAGUCUCCAACAAAGACUGCCCAGCAGGUGGGACUGAUGUUCUAAUCCUUGGCCAGGGCUUGGUCAGACAUCUCACCUUUGAGAUGAAAUGCUUGAUUGUCUUCUUAACGUGGGACUAAGCUGCCCUCCAGCAAACACACACAGCUCUUUGGCUGUUAGCAAAACUGCUAAUUUACAGAUAACGAGCACUGGUUACAAUGAAGCCUCAUUAACCCGGUUGUGUGGAGGGGUUAUCACCUGUGGUUAAAGGACCUGACUAUUAAAGCUGACACCAGAAGCUUGUCUGCUGUGGUGAGCACUUGCUUGAAGUAGUGGUGAAGAGCUUAUCCCCCAGCAAGGGAGAUGGCAGUGCGGUGGGCCGUGCUGGGGCUGUUGGCUUCCUGCGUGGCCAGUGCUGCGAAGGAAUCUAUGCUGAAUGUGUGCAUGGAUGCCAAGCACCACAAAACCAAGCCAGGCCCGGAGGGGGCGCUGCAUGGCCAGUGUGCCCCGUGGAAAGACAACGCCUGCUGCACGGCCGAGACCAGCAAGGGGGCUCACCAGGACCAGUCCUACCUGUACAACUUCAACUGGAACCACUGCGGGGUGAUGCCAGACAAGUGCAAGCAGCACUUCAUCCAGGACACGUGUCUGUACGAGUGCUCGCCCAACCUGGGGCCCUGGAUCGACCAGGUGGAUAAUAGCUGGCGCCGGGAGAGGAUCCUCAAUGUGCCGCUGUGCAAGGAGGACUGUGAGCUGUGGUGGGAGGCCUGCAAGGACGCGGUCACCUGCAGAGAGAACUGGCACAAGGGCUGGAACUGGACCACAGGGACCAACCGGUGCCCCCGCGGGUCCACGUGCCAGUUGUUCAAAUAUGUCUUCCCCCAGCCGGCAGACCUGUGCGAGAAGAUCUGGUCCAACUCGUACAAAUACACCACGGAGCACCGGGGCGGUGGGCGCUGCAUCCAGAUGUGGUUUGACCCUGCCAACGGGAACCCCAACGUGGCCGUGGCCAAGUACUACGCCCAGAACGGGAGAGAUGACUCUCCUGCGCCGCGGGCUGUCCUGCUGCUGCUGCCGGCUGCUCUCCUGUCCCUGCUCUGAGCAUCCAGAAGCCUCUGGCAGCCCCACUGGUUUAUACAGGAAAUAUUUCUGCUCGGGGCACAGGGUGUGUUUGCCCUGCGGCCCUGUUUUGGGCUCUGGCCAGCAGAUUCCAGAUUCUGUCUGGCUACUGCUAACCCUGACACAACACGAUAGAACCAGACUAGUCCCCCACCCCUCCUCUGCGACUGUCCCUCUGAUCUUAUUGUCUGUGUUCUCCUGCCACACUCCUCAAUCCCAGCAGGCUCUGGGGGGAGAUCCCUCCAUGUCCCUGGGGAUCUGAGCUCUGUAACAUGCAGUGACUCACUGGCUGGGUGUAUUUAUUCUGUCAGUUCCAGGGCAGGUCCCCUCUAGUUACAGUGCCGUCAGCUACCUCGCUUCCUUAUCUGAUCCCUGCCAUCCUGCACUCCCUGGAAAUACAGGUGUCCCCUCCCCAGCUCACAGCCUGCCCUGGUCUCUCUGCUUCAGCAGAUUGGACACUCACAGGGGGCUCCAGCCCCCAAAACUACACCCUGCCCUUUAAGGGUGAGCCAGUUGUUUAGCCACACACCCCCUUAUGCUCCUAGCUGCAGGGUUCUGCUGUCUGGAGCAGAUGCACAGGAGGGAGACUCUCCAACUCCCCUGCUGUCAGAGCCCCCCAGCCCCUGUGUCCUGCCUGGCUCCGGGCAGGGUCUGGUUUCCCAGCUUGGCUCUCAGCACGGGGUGAAUGGGAAGCGCUGCCUGGCUUGGCAGGAUGCUUCUAGCUCUUGGCUGGCUCCAGACUCCUGCUCUGCCCGGUGGUGACUGCCUGGCCUCUAAUCCGCUCCAGGACUAGCUGUGGCUACACACCCUGCUCCCAGCGCUGGCGGCCACCGCAUGGCCAGGGCCAGCCCCUGGCACCAGAGCAAUGCCUGGGCUCGUGGUCCUGCCCUCCCUACCCUUAUAACCCUGAGCUGCAGGUGGGAACUGUCUGGAGCUGAGACCUUCCAGUUUGUGUGAGAAUCUGGCGAAAUAAACUGUCCCAGCCCUG